UGUCCUUGAACCCACAGCAUUCUUCUUGCUUCAGCCUCCCACGAGCUGGGAAUAGCGGUGUGUGCCACGUCGCCCAGUCUGUCACAUAUUUUGAUAUGUGUACACACUGCAGAACAGCUAAACUGAGCUAAUUCACGUGUGUUAUCGCUUGGGGUUAUUUUUUCUUCGUGGUGACAACUCUUAAGUCAACUGAACCCUUUUUGCUUUUUAAGAAUGGUUUUUGUUUUAUAUCGCAAUGUUUAAAAAGACUGCGCGCAAGGUAAGGAGCGGGAGACUGAGGCAGGAAGGUUGGAGCUGGCCAGGGGCCACCCGCCAAAUGUCACCCGGGGGUGGGCGUGGGCGGGGGCAAAGCUUCAGCGCUUGGCUGGCGGUUGGUCCUGCGCUGGCGGUUGGUCCUGCUCGCGGCUAGCAGGACCCCCUAGGUCUCGAGGGACGGAUUCUAAACCACUGCACAUUGCCCAGGAGACCCCAGUGAUGGCACUGUGGACUCGCCUGUAUGGCCGCGUCCUGGAAAGCUCUAGGGUGAUGCCCACCAUCAGUGAAGAAGGCCCUUCAGGAGGAAGUGAAAACCAUGGAUCUGGCUGCCCUUCACAACCAGAUGCAGAUUCCCAUUUUGAACAGCACAUGAUGUCCAUGCUAGAAGAAACAUACAUUGCUCAGAGCACACUGAUAGAGACUCAAGAAACAUUGGCGUUGACGCAGGGGAAAUUACUCGAGGUUGGUCAUGAGAGAGAUUCGUUGCAGAGACAACUCAAUACUGCGCUUCCACAGGAGUUUUCAACGCUUGCAAAAGAGCUCAACAUUUGCAGGGAACAGCUGCUUGAGAGGGAAAAAGAAAUUGCUGAACUGAAAGCAGAAAGGAACAACAUGAGGCUGCUCCUGGAACAUCUGGAGUUCCUUGUCUUCAGGCAUGAAUGCUCUCUCGAAACGACUGUGAUGAAGCGGCAGGCGCGGUGUCCUGCAGAUGUGUCCACAGAGAUGGAAGUGCGAAAAGCACUGACAUCCUUAUUUGACCACCACAAGACCCUGGACGAAAAGGUGCGAGAGCAAUUACGUGUAGCACUGCAAAGGUGCAGCUUGUUAGAAGAGGAACUGGGCGCCACGCACAAGGAGCUAAUGACUCUUAAAAAACAGAAUAAUCAGAAAAAAUCACCAAGAGAUGGAGUGCUUGACCAUGAACAAGAAGAAACACCAAGCACUAAUGGAAAGUUGCUAGCUUGCAGAGAAGAAGAACGAGAUGACAAGACAACGAUAAAAUGUGAAACUUCCCCUCUCUCCUCUCCGAAGUCCCUUCAGCUAGACAGGCUGCACACAGGGGCAUUGCAAAUAGUCAGCCACGAGGACAUCAGGGACAUGCAAAAAUCAAAAAGUGCCCAGGAUGGUCCUGUGAGCAAUCCCAGUAGCAGUGACAGCAGGCAGGACUCGCCCCACAAAGCCCCAAAGAAGAAGGGCAUCAAGUCCUCCAUUGGUCGUUUGUUUGGCAAAAAGGAAAAGGGUCGGCCUGGACAAACUGGCAAAGAAUCACCAGGACAAGAAACCUCAUCUCAGGAUGCGUUCCGACUUAGCAAAUUGGGAGGAAAGGCUGAAAAAAAUCGAAAAUUUACAGGCUCCCAGGAAGGUCCUGUGAACAAUCCCAGUACCAGUGACAGCAGGCAGGACGCGCUCCACAAAGCCCCAAAGAAGAAGAGCAUCAAGUCCUCCACUGGUCGUUUGUUUGGCAAAAAGAAAAAGGUUCUGCCUGGACAAACUGGCAAAGAAUCACCAAGAAAAGCUGUUGUUUCUGAAACACCAAACACAUCUCAGGAUGCCUUCCAACUUAGCAAACUGGGAGAAAAGGAUGAAAAAAAUCAUCAACUUCAAAAACACUCAACAGGCUCCCAGGAAGGUCCUGUGAACAAUCCCAGUACCAGUGACAGCAGGCAGGACGCGCUCCACAAAGCCCCAAAGAAGAAGAGCAUCAAGUCCUCCACUGGUCGUUUGUUUGGCAAAAAGAAAAAGGUUCUGCCUGGACAAACUGGCAAAGAAUCACCAAGAAAAGCUGUUGUUUCUGAAACACCAAACACAUCUCAGGAUGCCUUCCAACUUAGCAAACUGGGAGGAAAGGAUGAAAAAAAUCAUCAACUUCAAAAACAGCCUGAGUUGCUGGAGGAAGCCCAGAGGCAAGGCUUACCAUUUUCACAGUGGGACGGGCCAACCGUGGUUGAAUGGCUGGAGCUCUGGGUUGGGAUGCCUGCUUGCUAUGUGGCUGCCUGCAGAGCAAAUGUGAAAAGUGGGGCCAUCAUGUCAGCUCUGUCAGACAGACAGAUCCAGCAAGAGAUUGGCAUCAGCCACCCUCUGCACAGACUGAAGCUGCGGCUGGCCAUCCAGGAAACCCUGUGGCUCACCAGCCCUUCGGCUCCACCCACAUUGAAAAAGGCCACAGGAAAUGUCUGGUUAACACAUGAAGAGAUGGAAACACUCGCAGCCACAUCUCAGAUGGAAGAUGAGGAGGGAAGCUGGAUUCAGACACUUGCAUAUGGGGACAUGGACCACGAGUGGAUUGGCAAUGAGUGGCUGCCCAGCCUGGGCCUACCUCAGUACCGAAGCUAUUUCAUGGAGUGCCUUGUGGAUGCUCGGAUGCUGGACCACCUGACCAAGAAAGACCUGCGGGGGCGGCUGAAAAUGGUUGACAGUUUUCACAGGAACAGCUUCCAGUGUGGACUUAUGUGCCUGAAAAGGUUAAAUUAUGAUUGGAAAGAACUGGAAAGAAGAAGAGAAGAAAGUCAGGAUGUAGUUAAAGAUGUGCUUGUUUGGAGCAAUGAUCGAGUGAUUCGCUGGGUCAUAUCCAUUGGCCUUAAAGAAUAUGCAAACAACCUCAUAGAGAGUGGGGUUCAUGGCGCGCAGCUGGCCUUAGAUGAAGCCUUCGAUUACAACACAUUGGCCCUGUUGUUACAGAUCCCGACAGAGAACAGAAAGGCUCGAAAUGUCUUGGACAAAGAAUUUGCCGACCUUUUGGUCCUUGGGACUGUCAGACGUUUUGAUGUCGAGGAUGACAAACACUUUAGGAGAGCACCUUCAUGGAGAGAGAAGGUUAGAGAAAAGGCCAUUCACGGCGUGGCAACUGGGUCAUCAGAGACACUCCCUGCAAACUUCCGAGUCUCUUCUUCCAAGUCUUUCUGCUCUAUGCAGCCCAAUGAGAUCCAGAUGGAUGGCAGUGUAUCAGAAACACAGAAGUUGGAUUCUGCGACAACCAGGACUUCCUCCUGUUAAGCCUCCUGUUGUUUUCCUGCACUACUUCUACAGAUGAUAUGCAGCAUUUUGAAUCCAACAGAGACUACGUUUUUUAAUUCAGUCGAAUCGCUAUCUGUUAAUACUUGUUAUAUGGACUCCUAAGAUAUUUUAUAACAGAGUUUUUAAUUAGUGAAAAAUUCAUCAAUAACAUACAGAAAAUAUUUUAGAAUUUAAUGUUUCUUCUAUUUUUGUAAACUUAGGACUUUUCAUUUAUAUAGUUACUUACUUUUUCAUCUAUGUUUAGGCUAUAAAUAUCUCUGGAAGCAAUUCAUGUUCUUAUAUCUAAUUUUAGUCUUUCAAAUGAAUGUACUGUAAUGCUUGUAUGUAUAAACCCUAUGAACAAAUACACGGCUUUUGUAAAUUGUGCACAUAUUGUAAUUAUUACUAUUUAACUUUUUAAUGAUAAGCCAUCCCUGAAAAAAUUAGUUUACUACACUUUUUUUUGUCUUUUUUGUUUUUAUCGGUACUAGGGAUCAAACUCAGGACUGCCUGCUUGCAAGGCAGGUGCUUAUGCCACUGAGCUAAAUCCCCAGCCCAGUUUACUACAUUUAUAAAAUUGUUGUGACAUAAGCAAUGUGCAUUAUCCUUCACCUUGCUCUACAUCAGUCAUUUUAAAAUCAGAAGACUUCAUUCCAAGCAGUUGUCAUAUUUUGAGGUUGACUGACCUUAACUGUUCUUUUUUUUAGCAAGAAAUCAGAGUCUAAUAAAGUCCGGACUGAACCGUUGCACCAGAGCACUAUAGAACUUUCUUAGCACUGGUUCCCUUUUCCCCAUCCUGUCUCUGGACUUGGGGAGCUUGUCUUCAGAGACUUGACCAGAAGCCAUGAGCUUGGAGCUGCUCUCAGCAGGGCUGGAGUGGCCAGGGGUGGACCCCAGCCUGGCACCUUCCCUGCCUCUUUCCUGUGAGCAUGUGGAAGGUGCCUCCAGCUAUUCUUAGAGGACCAAUCACUGAGCACUGUGCUCACAUCUCACAGACAUUGGUGCAUGAGCAGAUGAGAGCAGGAAACCCUGAAAAUAAAGUUGUACAACUCUAACUAAUCAAGGCCUUAUUUUUCAUAUGUCAGUCACCUUUUUACAUUGGUUUAUAAACAUGUUUCAACUAGUCAUACAUUUUUAGAUUUUGAUGACAUAGCCAUUUUGGAUUGAACAAGUAGCAAAAGCAACUUGCUUUUCACUGGCAUAUUAAAAAGCCAGCAAGGAAGGAGUCAGAUCAUGGUGCAUGUUAUUUAUUGUGCAACUGAUACAUGGGUAGAGGCAGCAUGCCUUUUUAAUUUAGUUUAUGCAGGGGCUGGGGAUUUAGCUCAGUGGCAUAAGCGCCUGCCUUGCAAGCAGGCCGUCGUGAGUUCGAUCCCUGGUACCGAUAAAAACGAAAAAGACAAAAAAAAAAAAAGAAAAAAAAAGAAAAAGAAAAAGAAAAAAAAUAAUUUGGUUUAUACAUACAAUUCACUUGUACAAUCCAUAUUACUGCCCUUUUUCUAUUAAUUUUUGUGGAAUUUUCUGAGUAUGUAACAAAGUAUACAGUCAUAUACAUAUAUAUACUUUUGAACUAUUUUAAUCACAGUAUUAUUUAUUGCUUUCUUUCAAUAAAGUUCUGAAUCAUUUUUCA